AUGGCUAGUUCUCUUCGUCCCCCUCAGGCUGGCAAGUCCUUCUCGGGUCUCGUCAACAGCCGUCCUAACGACCAAAUGUCCGACGUCUCCUCCAGCUUCAGCGAGUCUGCUCGUCAUCGCCAGUCCAAGAAGGAUGAGGCGAUCCGUCGCAAGAUUGAGCAAGAGUUGUCCAAGAAGCGCCACAGCUCGCGCAAGGCGAAGCAGACGCAAAAGAUGAUGGCUGGCACCGUGUCGGCUCUGCGGGUCUCGCAGGCUCUGACCGUUUCAGAGUCGCUCACAGUCACAGAGGCGUCCCAGAACAUGGCUGCCAAGCGUGCCGACUGUGUUCUCGUCAUCAAUGACGAGGAGCAUCUCUCUGGUAUCUUUACUGCCAAGGAUCUCGCCUUCCGUGUCGUCGCUGCUGGUCUUGAUCCUCGUUCGACCCGUGUGUCUGAUAUCAUGACCCCCAAUCCUAUGGUUGUCACCACAGACCGCAGCGCAACCGAUGCUUUGAACCUGAUGGUCCAAAAGGGAUUCCGUCACUUGCCCGUCCAAAACGAGGAUUCUGAAAUUGUCGGACUUUUGGAUAUCACAAAGUGCUUGUACGAGUCCCUUUCAAAGAUGGAGCGCGCCUACGGACAGUCCAAGAAGUUGUACGAUGCUCUGGAGGGAGUUGACAAGGAGUGGGGUGGCAUGCAGAACGUCGCCAUGGUUCAGUACAUGGAGACCCUCAGAGAAAAGAUGAUGUGCCCCGAUCUCAGUUCGGUCCUGGAUGGUUCUCCUCCUGCAGAGGUCAACGUCAAGGCCACCGUCAAGGAGGCUGCGAAGUUGAUGAAGGAGCGCCGCGUCACUGCCGUCCUUGUCAUGGAUCAGAACGGCAUUGACAUUGCCGGUAUCUUUACCUCCAAGGAUAUCGUUCUUCGUGUUAUUGCUGCUCAGUUGGAGCCCAGCAACUGCAGUGUGGUCCGUGUCAUGACCCCUCACCCCGACACUGCCCCCUCCUCUAUGACCAUCAUGGACGCCCUCCGCAAGAUGCACGAUGGACAUUACUUGAACUUGCCUGUUGUUGAGGAGGACAAGGAGAUUGUUGGAGUUGUCGAUGUGUUGAAGCUGACAUAUGCCACUAUGGAGCAGAUCAACUCGAUGAACACCAAGGAUUCAGAGUCAGGACCCAUGUGGAACCAUUUCUGGAACUCUGCUGCUAUGGCUGGCGAUGACGAAGGCUCGGUUGUGUCCGAGUCCAUGGCUCCUUCAUCCAUCAUGUCACCCAGCAUGGCCGCUUCGCCCAGCAGCCACCAGGCCAUGCAGCCCUUCCCCGGCGAGAUUUUCCCCAACGAAUCUGCCUCGGUUGUUGCAGAGGACCGUAGUGAGUUGAUCCACAAGCAGAUCGAGGAGGAGCACACCACAUUCGUGUUCAAGUUCAAGUCACCCAUUUCCAACACUGUCCACCGCUUCACUGCCGACUAUACCGACCUCAACCGUCUCCGGGAGACCAUCAUGGAAAAGGAGCCUUUUGGCGCCGAGUCUGACCCUAGCCAGAGCGCGCUUUUGGCCGAGUUCAACAUUUCGUACUUGGAUGACGAGCAGGACUAUGUGAUGAUGACCUCGGAUGCUGAUUUGGCAGAUUCGGUCGCCAUUGCCAAGAAGCAGGGACAGAACCGUGUGAUGCUUUAUGUCGCCGACCCCCGUGCUUCGACCAUCCUGCCCCCUGCACCCAGCGUUGUCGGCACCACUGUCAGCGCAGUCACCCCAGCCCCAGCACCUAUUGUUGCAGCCCCCAUUGUUGAGGUGCCCGAGCCCGUCCGUGCUGUGGAGCAGCCCAAGCCCGCAGCGCCCGAAGAGCCCAAGAAGCAGACCUCAGAGUUCAAAAAGAUGCUAGAUUCCAUUCCUGAUGAGCUUCUUCUCCCCGGUGCCCUUAUUACUCUUUCCUUCACCAUCAUUGCUGUCUUUGCCAUCUCUAGACUCGCCAAGUAA